AUGAGUCUUUUCGAAAGACGACAACAAUUUCAUUUUGAUAUUAUGUCAAAAGUAAUCUGUUUUAUCGUAUUUAUACUAUCCCAUACACUUAUUAUUGAUGGACAACAUGUUCAAACAAUGCCACCUCAAUAUGCAUGCACAGCAUCAAGUCUUACUCUUCGUUGUCCAGCUGGUUCUGUAAUUGUUGUUGCAAGCGCUGAAUAUGGUGUUGCACAAGUCGAUGGUUCAUGUAGCUAUACACCAGGUGAUUGUCUUGCUGAUGCUAUGAGUACAGUAAACUGUAUAAGUGAUUCUGUUACAUGUAGUAUAUAUGCAACAAAAAAGAAACUACCAGAAUGUAAUAAUCAAUAUGGUAACUAUAUUCAUAUUGAAUAUGAUUGUGUUCCAAUAUCAAUAAAUGAUCCAGCAAAAGAAUACAAUGUAUGUCAACAAAAUAGUACAGAUAUAACAAGUGAUCAUGGAAUAUUGAAAAGUCCUGGUUCUCCAUCACAAUUUCAACUUACAAUAUUUGAAUGUUUUCGUGCUAUACAUGCACCAGAUAAUAAAAUAGUUCGUUUAUGGUUAACUGAUUUAUAUGUUAGUUCAGCAGAGAGCAAUUGUCCUAACGAUCAUGUAUAUGUUGUUGAUAAUGUUCAAACAUUUCGACAUUGUGGUACUAAACGAUAUGCUUAUCCAUAUUUAUGUUCAUCGACUAUCCUUAUUCAAUACAAGACUACGACGCAAAGUUCAUUUUAUCGUGGAAUGAGAAUGUAUUUUGAAAUAGUUGAUCGAUCACCAAAUGAUAAUUGUCCAAAUGGAUCAGUAACACCUGCACCAGUUACAACAACUAUCCCAACGGAUGUAACAACAGCUGUACCUGUUUAUGUUGUACUUGGUAUUGCAUCUCCACUUCGAAGUUUUCAAAUUUGUAAAGGUGAAUCACAUACACUUCAAUGUCCAGCUAAUUAUGUUGUAGCUGUAAGAACAAAUAUAUAUGGUGUUACUCCAACGGAUCAAUGUGAAGAUCAUGAUGCAAGUAAACAUUGUGUUCUUGCAAUAGAUCCAACAUUUUAUUGUCUACAAAGUUGUACAUAUAUGUAUACAGGUAAUCGAGUGAUUCCAUCAUGUAGUAAUAAAAUUGCUGCUUAUCGAUAUGUUGAAUAUCAAUGUAUACCAUUAAAUACUGAACUUGUUUCGCCAAAUACAACAUGUCCAGCUGAUGGUUCAAAAGUUCCUAUACAAAUCGAUAGUCGAGGUCGUUUUCAAAGUUAUAGAUAUGAUAGUCCUAUUUUAAGAAAAAUGAAUUGCACAUAUCGAUUAAAAACAAAACCUGGUAACAUUAUGCAUAUUUAUGCACUUGGUAUUAGUUUAACUGAUUAUUCAUCAGAUUGUACAAAAAAUAAAAUAUCAUUUAUUGAAGAUGGUGAAACUGCAGGUGCAGAUUUUUGUGUAGAACGAUCAUAUAGAUUAAUUUAUUCAACUUGUUCAAAUGAAAUUGAUAUGCGUUAUAUUGUUACAGAUGAUA